AACGUAACCCCGAGUACGUAUUGAUACUAUGUACUGUGAUGCUAAUAAAGCACACCAUAGUUGGGCGAAAGAUAAGUCCUCAUGAUCCUAAUGGAGUAUGGGCUACAGAUGUGCUACGUAUACUUAACAAUGUGAUGCUAUGACCCUUAGUCAGCGCUAACCAUUAAACAAAGUAAAAGGGAAUUUACCCUAUCAUAAGAGGAUCGUGGUCUGUAACUCGAUCACGUGAAUAAGGAAUUCCGAGUAAUCGCAGAUUAGUACGCUGCGGUGAACCUAUACUUUAGGGAGGUACUAACUGUCCAUCAUGCAGUGGCCAUUUUGAACACAUUAAUAACUACUAAUAGGUAAUAUCUAUAUAGAUACUAUCAUAAUAUAGUUAGAAUGCUUAGGAGUUGCCUCUGUAAAGUUGUAGCAGGUUGCUGUAAGGGAACUUGUAGCUGUUAUAUAACUAUUAUGAACCCCUUUACUACUAAGUACAUACCUGAUUUUAACCCGCUAGUAUAGUUUAAUGGUAGAAUUCGAUACUUCCAAUAUCGCUAUCUCGGUUCGAUCCCGAGUACUAGUAUUAUAUCCAGGCUUAAUUAAUUAAUUACUACCCCCCUAUGCUUAUUAUCGGUCUUAUUUCUCUACUGAUUGCCGUACCCCUAUUCUCCAAUGUUAUUACACCCAGUCUAAAUAGUCGGAUUACUUCAAUAGUUCUUAUUUAUGCUGCUCUACUAUCCUUCAAUGGUAUCUAUAUUCAAUCUAUAGGAGCUGGAGUAGGUCUAUAUAGUGGACUAUUCCAAACUAAUGUCAUUACUACUGGUAUAGAAGGCUUUCUACUACUACUAGGUGCUAUUAUUAUACUAAGUUGAGAUAACAAUAGUAUCAAGAGUGACAGUGGUAGUCUAACUAUUAAUGAGUACUCACUUAUUGUACUAUUUACUGCUAUUGGUAGUACCUUUCUUAUUAGUUCCUAUGAUCUUAUUAGUAUGUACCUAAGUAUUGAACUACAAAGCUUUGGUCUAUAUAUCCUAGCUACUCUAUAUCGUAAGAGUGAAUCUGCUACGGCAGCUGGCCUUAAAUACUUUCUACUAGGUGGACUAAGUAGUGCUAUUAUUCUACUAGGUACUGCACUUGUUUAUAGUUAUACUGGCCUUACACAGUUUGAAAGUCUAUAUAGUCUAGUACUUAUUAGUGGACUUGAUUUCUAUGUACAACCACUUAUCCUAGGCUUUAUCCUUAUUACUAUUGGUAUACUAUUUAAGGUAGGAGCUAGCCCUUUCCAUAAUUGAGCCCCUGAUGUAUAUGAUGGUGUACCUACAGUUGUAACAACCUGGCUAACAGUUAUUCCUAAGAUUAGUAUCUUUGUAUUCCUUGUACUACUACUUACUGGACUACAAGGUAGCUUUGAAUCAUUUAGUGUAACCAUGAUAGACAAUAGUAUUAAUGUAUGGAAGAACGUACUACUUAUUAGUAGUCUUCUAAGUCUGGUUAUUGGUACAGUUCUAGGUCUUAGUCAAUAUCGUAUUAAACGACUACUAGCCUUCUCUACUAUUAGUCAUGUAGGGUUUAUACUACUAGCACUAUCAGUUAACACUAUAGAGUCUAUUGAAGCCUUCCUCUUUUAUAUUAUCACUUAUAGUAUUACUAACCUUAACGCCUUUCUAAUCCUACUUGCCUUUGGUUAUAUCAUUAAAGCUCAUAAUACCCGGUCUAAGGAUAUUCAGUUUAUCCAUGAACUUAAAGGACAGUUUAACUAUAAUAAUGUACUAAGUCUUAGCCUAGCUCUAUGCCUAUUUAGUAUAGCUGGUGUACCUCCACUAGUAGGGUUCUUUGCUAAACAAAUAGUACUGUAUAGUAGUACACAUGCAGGUUACUACUUUAUAAGUCUAGUAGCUAUCCUAGUAAGUGUUAUCAGUGCUAGUUAUUAUCUUAAGAUUAUUAAGGUACUAUACUUUGAUACACCUGAAGAAGGUACUGACUCACCAGUAGUUAAUAUUACAACACUACAUAGUACAAUAAUUGCUAUACUAAGCCUAGCUAUGACCUUUUUUGUACUUCAACCUACUACCCUACUAAAUAGUUGUCAACUACUCUGUCUUAGCCUCUACUACUAUUAAUGAACGCUAUCAUCAUCUUUCUAAUCUUUAUUCCUAUCCUAGUAGUAAUCCUACUUAUGGUUAAUCUACUACUAGCUGUACAUAAUCCUGACUCAGAAAAGGUUACACCUUAUGAAUGUGGAUUUAUACCUUUUUAUGGUCAAACCCGGUCACAAUUUAGUAUUCAGUUCUACCUAGUAGGUCUACUGUUCAUAGUAUUCGAUAUUGAAAUUCUCUUUCUAUACCCUUAUGCUGCUGCUAUAAGUACAGUUAGUCUAUACGGUUUCUGGGUAAUAAUGAUCUUCUUUGUUAUACUAACCAUUGGCUUUAUCUUUGAAAUAGGAUCUGGUGCUCUAUACUUUACUGAAAACCGUUCUUCUAUUACUACUCCUAAGGUAAACUAGGUA